AUGGCGAAAUCGAGCCAGGUCAAAGGACCAGAUGAACUCAUAAAGACAUUUGAACACCAUGCUCGGCUCUGGGAGAAACUCCCUGAAUAUACUGAGCUGCGGUGGGACGUGUUCCCCUGGCCUAUGCUCAACAAACCUUCGUCACCGGAGGAUAUUACUUACGCCGCUGUCUAUGCGUAUCUGUCUUCGCCGUAUCAUCCUGAGAAGGAUAAACCGCAGAAGGAUCGCAUUAAGGAGCAGAUUCGGAGGUGGCAUCCGGAUCGCUUUGAGACAAAGUUGUUGCCCAAGGUUAUUGAGGAAGACAAGGUGAAGGUGAAAGAAGGUGCCGGGAGUGUGGUGAGAAAUUUGAAUAGUCUUUUGACCAAAUCGAAUACUCCGAGUUUCUUUGACUAA